GAAACGAUAUUUAUAGCUCAAAUUGCCACUUUAGAGCAUAGACGUUCAGGACUCGUCCAGCAAUCAACAACCAACUUUAUCCAUUAAAAAUGAUGAAAAUCACUUUGUUCGCCCUUGCUGCGUUGGCGCUGGUGUGCGCUCAACAAGCUCCCGUUGCCAGCGACCAAAAGCCACCAGUAGAAAUCGUCAAACAAGAUUCGGAAGUCGACGUCAAUGGAUACAACUUCGAAUUUGAGACAAGCGACGGUACAUCUAGGCAAGAGCAUGGAGAGUACAAGAACGACACAGACCAGCAAGGUCUCUUGGUGAAGGGCAGUUACAAGUACGUCGCUCCUGAUGGCCAGCACAUUGCUGUCUCCUUCGUAGCUGACAAGAACGGAUAUCAGCCGUCCGAACAAGCUGAAGACCAACAAAAACCCGCCCAAGCCUAAAAUCAUAAGCAAAAGGAAUCGCUAAUACCAAAUAAUUUGAAACUAGAAGUAUAAUCUCUAGUCUAAGCAAUUAACACUGCCGGAAUAAAAGUGUUUAAGUAA